AUGGCCAACCGUUUCCCCAAAUCACCACCGGCACGGCUGACCCGGCUCUGGAGAAUUCUGGCAGACCACUGCGAGAAGUCUGGAACGGGCACCGCCGUCGACCUCCAGGAUCUUCUCCUGCGACUCACCUUCGACAACAUCUGCGGGUUGACGUUCGGUAAAGACCCUGAGACUCUGUCUCCCGACCUCCCUGACAAUCCCUUCGCUAGCGCGUUUGAUUCAGCAACGGAGGCCACAUUGCAGCGCUUUCUUUACCCGAGCUUCCUGUGGAGGCUGAAAAAAGCACUGCGACUCGGCGCCGAAAAGAGCCUGAAGAGGAGCCUUGAGAUUGUUGACAGAUACAUGACCGAGGCCAUCACCGCACGGAAGGAGACCCCCUCAGACGACCUCCUCUCGAGGUUCAUGAAGAAGAAGGACGUCAACGGGAACGCCUUCCCGUCUUCAGUGCUGCAGUGGAUCGCGCUCAACUUUGUGCUGGCGGGGCGCGACACGUCCUCUGUCGCUCUGAGCUGGUUCUUCUGGACCGUCAUGCAGAGGCCAGACAUCGAGAAGAAGGUAGUAGGGGAGAUCACCUCGGUGCUGAAGGGGACGCGAGGUUCGGACACCGAAAGGUGGGUGGAGGAACCUCUGGCAUUCGAAGAGCUGGAGCGCUUGGUGUACCUAAAAGCAGCACUGGCGGAGACGUUGAGGCUCUACCCUUCGGUGCCAGAGGAUUCCAAGUAUGUCGUGGCGGAGGACGUACUUCCUGAUGGCACCGCGGUGCCAGCAGGAUCGGCGAUCACCUACUCCAUCUACUCUGUGGGAAGGAUGGAAUCGAUAUGGGGCGAGGACUGCCUCAAGUUCAAGCCGGAGAGGUGGCUGUCGGCGGAUGGGGAACGGUUUGAACCGUCCAAGGACACGUACAGGUUCGUUGCGUUCAAUGCAGGGCCGAGGACGUGCCUGGGGAAGGACUUGGCCUACUUGCAGAUGAAGUCCAUCGCUUCGGCCAUACUGCUGCGGCAGCUGGAGGCGGUGCCUGGCCACCGGGUGGAGCAGAAGAUGUCCCUCACUCUGUUCAUGAAGAACGGCCUCCGGGUUUAUGUUCAGCCCAGGGAUCUUCAUGCUGUUGACUACUGCUGCUCCUACUCUCCCAAGAAAUCAAAUCGCACCGUUCCACUUCCUGCCACCGUGACUGCGACUGCUGCUUGAUUUUUGGUGAACGACUUAAGUCAGUAGUACUGUUGGUGUCACCAUCUGCUUGAUGUGGUCCCUUUUGCACAACCUAUAUAUACAUACAUACAUACAUCUGAGAUUACGUACAUCUGAGAUGAUUGUUUGGUGUUUAUUUUCCCUGUCUGAAUAUAUAUGCGUCCAAAGAUUGUUUUUCCCCCCUCUUUGUAGUUAUACGUCCCAAGCGAGUCGGUCGGUCGGUCAGUCACUCAAACACAGCUGUUAUAGGUGAUGAGGUGUUUGGAAAUCUAUACAUAUAUAUGCCGUCUUGAAAUUCAA